GGUGGGGACGUAGUGCGGGAGCGGCUGGAGAUCGGAGAAAGAGAGAGAGAGUUCAGGAGGGAGAGAGGUAGAGUCGCAGUAAAUCACGGAGUCACUAAUUAAUCAAGCCUGCCAUUUCCCUGUCGAAACGUGGGAUGUGUGUUUGCGUCACUUUACAGGAAAUCAGAAGUGAGGUUACUGUUGGUACAAGACUCGAGGCUAACUCAUGAAUUAGAGGUUAUGCUGUCCCAAAGACAUUCACUGAAUUUGCGUGAAAAGGAAAAAGGUUAAAAAGAGAUAUCUUCAGAAAAGUUGCAGCACCAAGUUGAACAGUACGAUGGACUCACCGGUUUCUCCAGAGCUUCACGUCGUUGUUCAAUGUACCGACCAAGAUGUGCAGCCUCCACCAUCGUCUAAGAUUGAAGAUGAGGAUGAGGGUGACCUGAACAAGACUUGGGGAGUUGAGAGAUUUGAUGAUUUGCUACAUGACGCUCCCAGUCGGAAUGUGCAGGAAGUGCGGCGCACAUUUGAUGAGACAGAUUUUGAGUACCAUCGUCAUUCCUCCCUUCACACUCACCACCCACUUUCCACGCACCUUCCGUCGGAAGGAAGGAGGAAGAAAGGGGCACACCAGAAGAAGGUCAAAAAGACUGCCUCUUCUCCGACUGGAGCUCCUACCAUAGAGGAAGGGGAUGAAGAGGAGGAGCAGACAGAUGGCGCACAGGUGAAGCUGGCUCCUCCAGAGGAAUCCAUCCAGUUAGACGAUGUGCGUGAUGUUCAGUUCUUUGUGUCUGAUGAGGAGUCAGAAAGUAGCUGUGCAGCCCCGCACCUCCCUGAUCACAGCCCAAAGCAGCAAGGUGCACAGCCUCUUGUCAUCAAGGCAGGGACGGUCAGCCAGAGCAACAAACUUACCAGAAGCAAUGAACAGAUCACGCCACUGGGUGCAAUGGCUGGUGAUGCAUCUGCAUCGGAGGAGAACCGUGCCUUACAGAAGACACCUUUGGCACAUCGCAGCAGUUAUGACCUGAAGGAGCGGAGGAGAAUUGGGAGUCAGACAAAUGUGGAUGAGGCCAAAUUCCAAAAGAUACCAACUGAUGAGCUUGAAGCAGAGAUGCUGGCUGUGGCUGACUUGGAUUAUAUGAAAAGUCAUCGAUUUGAGGAUGUUCCUGGAGUUCGACGGCACUUGGUCAAAAGGAGCACAAAAGGCACAGUUGUUCAUGUGGGAAAGGAGCAUUCCGAAAUCUACCCAAAGACCAAGAGAGCUGAUCGGCAACCACAUGAGGUGUUUGUUGAACUGAAUGAGUUGACAAUGGAUAAGAAUCAUGAAAUGCAGUGGAAGGAGACGGCUAGGUGGAUCAAAUUUGAGGAGGACGUGGAGGAGGAAACGGAUCGGUGGGGAAAGCCCCAUGUCGCCUCGCUCAGCUUCCGCAGUUUGCUGGAGCUCAGGAAGACCCUGGCACAUGGCACAGUUCUAUUAGACUUGGACCAGAAGAGCUUACCAGGAAUUGCACAUCAGGUGGUUGAACAGAUGAUCAUCUCUGAUCAGAUUAAGGCCGAGGACCGAGCCAAUGUGCUGAGAGCUCUGCUUCUCAAACACAGCCACCCCAAUAAGGACAAGGACUUCACAUUUUCACGCAACAUCUCAACAUCAAGUCUGGGCUCGCUCAUGUCCCAUCAUCACAGCCAGAACCACAUCGCUCAGUCUGCUGAUCCCUCAGUCACCCAGCCACUGAUGGACGAGAAUCCUGACAACGAGACCAAAGUGACAGUGGACAGUGGUGAGAAGGAAUGUCCACUUUCUGCAGAGAUGACGAGAUCAAGGUCAAAGCACGAACUCAAAUUGUUGGAGAAAAUCCCGUACAAUGCCGAGGCCACAGUUGUACUCGUUGGCUGUGUUGAGUUCCUGGACCAUCCGACCAUGGCAUACGUCCGCUUAAAGACGGCAGUAGAGCUGGAGUCAGUGCUGGAGGUUCCUGUCCCUGUCCGGUUCCUCUUCAUCCUGUUGGGACCAAGCACAAGUAACAUGGACUACCAUGAGAUUGGACGUUCCAUCUCCACUCUGAUGUCAGACAAGAAUUUCCACCGGGCUGCUUACCAGGCAGAUGAUCGAAAUGACUUGUUGAGUGCGAUCAAUGAGUUCCUGGACAGCAGUAUUGUCAUUCCUCCCUCCGAUGUCCCUGGGGAGGAGUUGCUGCUGUCUGUUGCUCAGUUCCAGCGCAAGAUGUUGAAGAAAAGGCAGGCGAAAGAGGACAAGGUGCUGUUCAAGGAGAUCAAGAGUCAGGAGGAGCGAGCUCUGCUGAAACCAAAGAAGCUGGAAGAGGAAGACCCCCUCAGGCGGUCAGGGAAACCUUUUGGGGGAGUAAUCAGAGACGCACGCCGGAGAUACCCUAAAUACGUCAGCGACUUCAAGGAUGCUCUGAACCCUCAGUGUAUGGCUGCCAUCAUCUUCAUUUACUUCGCUUGCCUCUCACCAGCCAUCACCUUUGGAGGGUUACUCGGGGAGAAGACCAUGGGUUUGAUUGGUGUUUCCGAGCUGAUCAUAUCCACGGCUAUACAAAUGGUGAUCUUUGGUUUGUUGGGAGCGCAACCACUGCUGGUCGUUGGGUUUUCUGGACCAUUGCUUGUCUUUGAAGAAGCUUUCUUUAAGUUCUGUUCCUCAAAUAACAUGGACUACCUGACUGGCCGUGUAUGGAUUGGGAUCUGGCUCAUAGUCAUCGUGGUGGUGACUGUGGCCUUUGAAGGCUCUUUCCUUGUGCGGUUCAUAUCCAGAUUCACCCAGGAAAUCUUCGCCUUUCUCAUCUCACUGAUAUUUAUUUAUGAGACAUUUUAUAAGCUUUUUAAGAUUUUCCAAGACCAUCCUCUUCGUGGCUGUUCCAAUAUGACAGAAAAUGUGACUGUGCCUUCCAUUGUCCCUCAAAACACAGUGAAUGGUACGAGAGGAGAGAGUGGAAAGCGGAAAGGGGAGCCAAACACAGCAUUGCUGUCUCUGGUCCUGAUGGCUGGCACCUUCUUUAUCGCCUUCUUCUUGCGCAAGUUUAAAAAUAGCCGUUUCUUGCCCGGGAGAAUUCGGCGUGUGAUAGGAGACUUUGGUGUUCCAAUAGCUAUCCUUGUCAUGGUUCUGGUCGACUAUUCCAUCCAGGAGACCUUCACUCAGAAACUGAGUGUUCCUACAGGCCUAUCUGUCACCUCCCCAGAGAAGAGAGGUUGGUUCAUUAAUCCUUUGGGAAAGAAUGCGGAUUUCCCCAUCUGGAUGAUGUUCGCUAGCCUGAUUCCUGCUAUCCUGGUCUUCAUCCUCAUCUUUAUGGAAACCAUGAUCACCACGUUAAUCAUCAGUAAGAAAGAGCGCAUGCUGACCAAAGGCUCCGGAUUCCACUUGGAUCUUUUGAUCAUUGUGGCAUCAGGAGGUGUGGCAGCCUUGUUUGGUUUACCCUGGCUCGCUGCUGCCACUGUCAGAACCGUCACCCACGUGAAUGCACUGACCGUCAUGAGCAAAUCCGUGGCUCCUGGUGACAAGCCCAAAAUCCAGGAGGUCAAGGAGCAACGGGUCACGGGGCUCGUGGUAGCUGUCCUCGUGGGUCUGUCCAUCGUAAUUGGUGAUCUCUUACGAAAGAUCCCACUAGCUGUGCUUUUUGGGAUCUUCCUGUACAUGGGUGUCACCUCUCUGAAUGGCAUUGAGCUGUAUGAGCGGCUGCAGCUGCUGCUGAUGCCGUCGAAGCAUCAUCCGGAUCAUGUUUAUGUCCGGAAGGUGAAGACCCUUCGGAUGCACUUAUUCACCAUUAUCCAGGUCUUUUGUCUGGCGAUUCUCUGGGCUGUGAUGUCCACUGUUGCCUCUCUUGCUUUCCCAUUCGUGCUCAUUUUGACCGUUCCUUUGAAAGUUUUCGCACUCACCAGAAUCUUCACAGAUCGAGAGAUGAAAUGUCUCGAUGCUGACGAUGCUCAGCCUACCUUUGAUGAGAAGGACGGCGUGGAUGAGUACGAUGAGCUGUCAAUGCCGGUCUGAGUGGAUACUAAGGCCUUAGAACAAACUCUAAACCCAGCAUGGUGCUGGUUGGGAACAAAAGAGCAAGGACUGGUGCCUAUUCAGCAUCGUUCACUACCAACAUCGUUCACUACCAACAUCUGUCAAUGUCAUUCUUGGUCAAAACUUCAGGAUCAAUAUCUAUCAGCUUGGACCUUUGUCAGUAUCUGUGUCCAUAUUGAUCAACUUUUCUUCAGUGAGAGAAGAGGGAUUGGUGGGACCACACUCUGGCAUUAGUAACAAUAGAGCAAUCUUACUGUAACAAUCAACAAUGGAUCAAGGGACUGUUACUUUCAAAGUCAAUGUCAUCAAAAUGAUACUAUAGAUGAUGCCAUACCAGUGUUCAAGAAACUUCUGUGAAGGUCAUUCAAAUACCAAAGGCAGUCUUUCUCUCUCUCUCUCUUUCUCUUUCUCUCUCAACUUCCCUAAGCAGUGACCUGUAGAGAGUUUCGCUCCUGUUGUCAGUUCCGAGAGGUAUUUGCCUGGUUGUGUGAUGGGUUGAGCCAGUUAAUUGUUGAGGUGCAGGGACCAUUACUGUCCUGUCACAGCCUUGAGAUUCAAGUCCCUCAACCAGACACAACCAGGGAUGCCAAGCUGCAUCAAGAUAUUGUCCGAUUCUCAAUUCAGUUUCAUCUCACUCCCAAAUGUUUUAAUUCAACAGCAGCUUGUUUGGUUUGAUUGUAAUGGAAUCAUUUCCUCUUAAAUCCUUGAGGCCAAACCUAUGGGGGGUUAUUCAGAUUGGGGGGUCAAAGAUCAUGGCAGGUUUUGGAUUGAGUUGUAAUUUUUGAAACCCUUAGUUGCAUAUCUCCGGGUUAGAGGAUUGUCUUUGUUUUCUAAAUUUGAUUCUUGUUUAUUAUUGAGAUGUAUCCACUCACGAUGUAUUCUGUGAACAGUCCAACAGCAGCUGAGUGUGUCUGUAGAAUGGAGUUGACUCCCUCAGUGACUGAAACAGUUGUUGGCUUGAGGUUCUCAUUUCAGGAUCAGGGUUAAAUAUUUCCAGUCCAGGUUGAGAUGGGAUCUGUGAUCACUGGAAAGUUUGGAUGUGAGAUCACCCCUGACAGUUUCUAACCAAUGUCUAAUGUGACUGGUCACAGACUUUAAUUGGCAACGUAAUAGCGAGGGAGUGUCUAAUCCUGUGUUGUGCCUGUCCCAAAAAUGUUUGAUGGAGGCAGUGUUGAGGAGCAUAAUGUUUAAAAGAAUAGAGGGAGUCUACUCUGCCUGUAUCUAACCCUGUGUUGUCCCAGUCCUGGGACUGUUCGAUGGAGGACAGUGUAGAGGGAUUUUGCUCUGUAUCUAUCCCUAUGUUGUCCCUGUCUUUGGAGUGUUUGAUGGGGAAAGUGUGGAGAGAGUUGCUGGAGAUGAGUAGUUUUUGUUAAAAAUCUUCCACAUUGUUCAUUCACAAAAGGCAAGACUAAGUCUUGAUUUGCUUGAGUUCCUCCACUUCUAGACAGGAUCUGUUGGAUUUGUUUUAGUGAAUGACGUUACAGAGGGGGCUGGGGCUGCUGAGUUAUUGAAGGUUUAGUCCCAGUGCUGUGUAACAUAAACCGAAUGAUCCCAUAGUGCAAACCAAAUUCAGCCCCUCUGAUUGAUGUUCUCAGAAGGAAAAAAAAUCGCAAUCAGAUUUUGGAAACAAAUAAAUAAUCUACUGAUCAGUUCAGUAAUUUGCAUUUGAAAUCUGCCACUCAGGAGGCAAGGACGAUUGAUCGGAUAUUUUCAUAUGCAAACCUUUUGUGGCCUCGUACUUUGCCCUCAAUGAGGAUUUCAAACGGCCGUUUAUGUCGGUCAGAGAGACGAUGAGAGCGACAGUCACUGUGACCAUCAGUGAGAUUCAUGCGGCACUGAGUUUUGUGGUCAGCGUGAAAUUGGCAAGAUAGUGAGUGUGGUAGAUGGUGGUAGGGACAGUGGAAAUGGACCUUGCGGCCAUUUGUGUGAGAGUGUGAUAGUCCUGAGGGUCCGGUGAGGUGGUUUUGAGGGACUGUGAGAGACCAGCCCGAGGGUCCGUGUGAUGGUCAUUGUGCUGUCAGUUUUUGUGUUGGAGCUUCCUGCUGUGGGCUCCAUAAUCGUUGGAUUUUGAUGUCACUGACCUACCUUCCUCACUCUUCCCACUCCAUGUUCUCUUUUCAGAAAUCAGUUCUAUUAUUUUGUAUUCGUACAAGCCAAUGUCAAUCACUCUAGAUUUCUAAUUAAAACGCAAAUGAUCUUUUUGUUA